UCAUUUUCAUUUCAAUAUGCACUCGAUUGACUGACUAAUCGUUUCAUAUAGCCUUCCAAUUUCAAGGCCGGGCGUAUUUCUUCUUGUCUGAAAAUGAUUGUGAAAGUUAAUGGCCAUUUUGGAAGAAUGCCUUCCAUGUAUAGGACAUAUAAAAGUUUCGUGUGACAAAAUACUUCAUUGGUAUCAUCGUAGAUAAUAAUGAUGUAAAAUUUCAUUUUGGAAUUCACAUCUUGUUUUGCUUAGGCAUUGAAUUUGACAAGAAUAUUUUUUUUAAUCUAAGAAGGUAAUCGACAUCAGUGGAGCCCAAACUUGUUCUUACACACCUUGUGAUUUCUGUAUACUUCCGAUUAUAAGUUUUGAAAGUCUAAAAAUCAAUCAUUGGAAUUCAGUUUAUGUUUUACAACUCUAUAUUGAACCAAAUGGCUGACUGCAAAAUGGAGGUCCCGCUAGACUCUGAGGGAGAGAAGCCCACAGAAGCUUCAUCACCGGAAAAAUUAAAGGCAGUCCUUGAGAAACCGAAAGCACUUGUCAAGGAGAUGACCAAUGAUAUCCUGGUGAAGUCAUGGCGCACGGUCGUUCAAAGUUUCUGUAAAUCUACAACGAUGCAUGGAGUGAGUCGGCUGAUUGAAUCAACCAGAGCUAUCUUUCGUUUAGCGUGGUUACUCACUGUGCUUACAUUCCUGUGUAUUCUGAUGUGGCAAGCAUACUCUCUCGUCGAUGAUUACAGAGGAAACCCUGCAACAACCACAAUCAACAUGGUCCCUAACAACAAGCUAUCCUUCCCCGCUGUCACUGUCUGCAAUAUGAACAGGUUGCGUAGAUCGAAGCUUGCAGGUACGCGGUUCGAACCUCUCUUAGAUAGGAAACUGCUUGUGAACUUAUUGAAUCCUGAUGGCCGUGAUGAGAGCGACAUUGACGACCACGGUGCUGAAACAUCUCCUCCAUUAACGCCGGUGACGACGACAACGAUGGCGUCAACCACUGUAUCCAAAGAGGCAUCCCCGGAGGCAUCAAAUAGCAGCGGUGUUCCUCCACCUGAUGAAUUGUCUUCAACUCCGGCUGAAGGAUUGGAGAUGUCGACUGAAGACACUACGGUAGUCGUCAAAGUCGACGAUCCCGAUGUCGGUCGUCGAAAGCGAGAUGUUGACUGGCAGUUUACAAACAAACAUCUAUCAUCUCUCCGACGAACGACUGAUCUUCAUGCCCGAGCCAUACCAUAUAUAAAUGCACCUGUUGAGAAUGAUGAUUCAAAUUGGAGCUAUCUACUGCAGUUAUCCGAAUCUGAUGAUUUUCAAGAUUUUAUAGGAUCCGUGAAUCCAUCGAAAGAAGAGCUUCAAAAGCUUGGUCAUCAACCAGAAGAAUUCAUUUUACAGUGUUCAUUUAAUCAACACCACUGUGACUACAGGAAUUUCACAACGAUUUUCAAUUCGCAGUAUGGAAAUUGUUUCACCUUCAAUCGACCAGCCGAAAACAAGUCUAUUUUGGAAACGGGAAAGACUGGCUCCAGAUACGGACUCCACCUUACCCUAUUUACGGACCAAUCAGAAUACAUCGGUCUUUUAUCCCACCAAUCGGGUGUACGAGUGGCUAUCCACGAACCUAACGCACGCCCCUUUCCUGAGGAUGAGGGGAUCACUGCUUCUACUGGUACUCUCACAUCAAUUGGUCUCCGACUACGGAAUAUAACCAGACUUAGUGGUCGCUAUAGCGAUUGUCGCAACCCUUCCGAGUUUAUCGACGGAUUUGACUACUCCUUACGAGCCUGUUUGAAUGCGUGUUACCAGAGUAAGCUUCGGUAUGAAUGCGGCUGUGUGAGUGACGUCAUGGGUAAUACUACAAUCUGCAGUACACUAGAUCCAAGACAAGAUGCUUGUCAGCGGAGAGUAGAUGAGAUGGCAAUGGAUAAUAAGCUCGGGUGUAAAUGUGUUUCACCAUGCAGUGAGAUCGACUACGAGAGAUUCGCAUCAUUUUCAAAAUGGCCAACAGAGAGGGCCGAUGCGUAUCUAACGAAGAAGAUUAAUAAGCGAAACAGAAAGGCAGGGAAUAUGACAGUGGACGCAUCGUUUAGAAGGAAAAAUUUGGUUCGCGUAGAAAUCUUCUAUGAAAAACUUAAUUACGAAUCGUACAUACAAAUGCCCAAAUACACGUUUGGUAGCCUCCUUGGAGGUAUCGGAGGUCUAAUGGGUUUCUUUGCUGGGAUGUCUCUCAUCACUGUCUUCGAACUCUGUGGCUUCAUCAUUCAACUUCUUGGUCUGCUAUGUGGUAGACUGACCACGCCCAUACCGGAAGAUGGUAAUGAAGGGGAGACUCCCCCUCCUCCUCCUCAUGAGUCACGUAUUGGUAAGGUAGGUCGUCGUCUUACCAAGGCAUUUCGUCAUCAUCCUCACCAUGGACGUGGCGUGUCAUCCACAGCUCAACCUACCGAUUUGUGAAGUCAUUAUAAACGUAGAUAGACUAUAUACAGAUAUGAAAACCAAUGAAUGUAUUAUGGAGAAGUCAUUGAUAUUAUUUAAUCUUGUAAAGAAGCUAUCAGGUGGUUCUUUUUUUAGAAAUGCUUGUAAUGUGAUCUUGACAUGCAUUCUUUACAAUAUUUUCAAUUUUAUAUUUGAAUAUACAGCCAGCAUGCAAGCUUGUGAAUUUGUGUGAUAUCAUCAAGUAGGUAUAGACAUAAAGCAUGUGUAUAAAAAAAGUAUAUAGUAAAUAUAUCAGUACAAAUAGCUUAGCAUAGCUGAAUUUGUAUUAUAAAUUAUCGACCGCAUUGCCCUUUCUGUUCUUUUUACUUGCAUUCAUAUUUGCUAAGCUUCUUCGUCUAAAUAUAUGUAUGCGUGUCAAUUUAUUUUUUUGCAUUCCUCUACAUAAACGAAUUUCGAUUGUUUUUAUCUUAAAUAUUAUACGAUGUAACGAUAUGACAUGUAUCUUAAGCAAACGAAUUUGAAUAUUCUUCUGUUAGAAAAGUAGCUAAUAAUAGGCCUAAAAUCACAAUAGAUAGUUCAAAGGUUUUGUCAAAAGUUGAUGGACCGGUUAAGCAGAUAGUCCCAAUAUAAGGACUGGAAGAAAAAAUACAAAUAUUUGGUUUGUCCAUGCAGAGUCCAAGACGGCACCGCUAUUUUGAUUCACUGAUUUUCGACAAAGACUGCUUUGUCAUGAAGGGCUUUGUUUGGACAAUGUGAUUCUCUGCGUUCCAGAAGGCAUCUUUGUAGUUGUUGAGAAUAUAAUACGUCCCUCGCAACAAAUAUCAAGCCUAAAAUAUCUGUUACACAAUAUCUUUGUCAUGACUUUGUAUCCUAUAUAAAUAUUUCAUGAAUUUAUUGAUAACUCCUAUUAUAAUUCGUUAUAACAUUCAUUAUGUUGUAUAAUUACGAUUGAGCAUAUCAACUUUCAGCAGACCCUAUAUGCUGUUACCUGUGGCCUUUUGCCCAAAAAAAAUCCAUAAGAAAACUCUGGCAAAUAAACAAAUAUUCUGGCAAACAAAAUUAUUCUUCUAU